AUUGGAUAAAGUUGUGAUGCAGGAAAAUUUACGUUGUAAUCGGCAAGUUUAGUAAGCGAGUGUUCCAUUUCCCAGUGUGCCAUGUCUGCCGCGGCUCUGAGGUUCACGCGCGACGCGACUUCCUCCACCGCGCCUCAAUCUCAAUGGUCACUACCUCAUCGCUACUCAGCACUUUUGGGAAGGCGCUUUUCACUUAGUUGCCAAUUAGCACCGUCAGUUCGGUUCGUCGUCAUGGCUCCGUUUCGCGCUCGAGACCGGACCAACCGCUCGGGACGUGGUCAAGUAGAGCACAAUGUACUCGAAGGCUUACCAAUCAAUCAAUAUCGCGAGGUAGAAGUUACCAUCGGUCAAAACCUCGAGGAAAAGCCGUCGACAGACAAAGAUGCUUGGCCUGAGCUUCGCAUGCCUCGAGAUUCACAUCUCCUCCCAGAGCACUCGCAGCGAAUACUCCGUGCUGCUCGCGCUGGCCGGUUGUUCAGGCUGCCACUGCCGGUAGACGAGGAGAAGGAGAAUCCCGACGAAGAAGAGGACAACAAGCAGACCCAGCAGACCCAGCGAACCUUCACCGUCAAGAAAUACGUCAAAGUUCCUCGAAGUGCAGAAGAGCCAGAACCGGAGUACUUGGCCAAGAGACGCAAAGGUCUGCCUUCUCAAUACUCCGUUUACAGUGGCGCAGUUGGCCCGCUAGCACAGACUGGAUCGUUCCGAAAGACCAAAGUCAAGAAGGUCGAUAGCGAGGGAAACGUGAGCAUUUACGAAGUGCUUGUUCCUGAAGGCCAAACGUUGGAGGGUGAAGUGCAAGAAAACGAAACUUUACCCGAUGCCGCCCCCGUGGCUGCUGUUCCCGGUACAGUGGUCGAAGGUGUUGGGGUUGUGAAUCCAGAGGGAGUGGUGGUCUCAAACGACCUCAUGCAACAAACCCCACCUCGUAGGAGACCUCCCAUCUCAAAGAAGAAGAACAAGAGGGGUCCUGGAAGAGGGAGGAAGAAGGUCGCAUUCGAAACUGGAAGUGCUAACGAAGGUGUUGUAGCAGCGGACGGCUCUAGCACCUUAAGGGCCCCAGGCCAUAACACGGAACGCGGAUCGACUGGACCUUCUGAUGGUGAUACUUCGAUGGCGGACGCCCAGGACGGGGAGGACGAAGAAGGCGAUGACGGUGAAGAUGAAGAGGGAUCGGAUGAUGAUGAUCGAGAGGAGGGCGAGCUUCCACAAACACCGGCGCAAAUCUCAUCUCCCACGAAGAAAACCGAACUUUCGACAGAUCCAGUCCCAGAAUCGACUCCUCCAUCCGCACCAGACACCAUAACGUCCCCAAAGUCUCCUGCUAAAGCAGAACCGAAAGCCCGACCUAGCAAAGAUCCUUCCAGCUCACCAGAUCUUCCAUUAGUCAUUGCUCACAGCCGGCAAAACUCAAUGAACCAGAUUCUUACAUUGGAUUCGCCCAGUGCUCCUGCUGCAACUGCCUCUGAGGAUGUCCACUUUUCGGACGGUGAACCAGAUCUCUUUGGUAGCUUGGAAAGGCACUUGGAUAAAGAAGGCAAAUCGGACUCCACUCAGUAACUUCUCCGACUUUGAAGGAGAUUGGUCUUCUUUGAGGUUGAGUUGAUUCAAGUAUCUUUGGCGUACGAGAGAUGGCGUUGCUUAGUUGUUCGUACUCGUUGCUUGGUUUACUACACGUCUUCGGUGUUCAAUGCGUGAGAAGAUAUUUGAGCCUCCAGCAAUCAAUGAGGCGUUGGAUGUGGAAGUUUUGGGGAAAUGCUACCUCUGUGGAGUAUUGUUGUCAUGACACCUGAGCGCCGAAGGAAAUCAAAUCAGUCUGUAAAUAGUAAAUAAUAACUUGUUACCCU